AUGCCUUCUACUUAUAAAAUCAUGACGUUAUUAAAAUGGACCAUUUUACCUAUGACGAUUUUUACGAUUUUCGUGGUGAUGUACAGCCAAGCCUUGCAAAAUCCUGAGAAGAAAGGACCUAAGGUCACCGACGUAGUGUGGUUUGACAUCAAAAUGGGAUCAAGUGAACCAGAGCGUGUGGAAAUUGGAGUGUUUGGUGCAACCGUUCCUAAGACUGCUCAGAACUUCAUUGAACUAGCAAAGAAACCAGAAGGUGAUGGGUAUAAGGGCAGUAAAUUCCACAGAGUUAUUAAAGACUUCAUGAUCCAAGGAGGUGAUUUUACCAAAGGUGAUGGUACUGGUGGCCGCAGUAUCUAUGGUGAGAGAUUUGCAGAUGAAAACUUCAAGCUGAAACAUUAUGGUGCUGGAUGGCUAUCCAUGGCCAAUGCUGGAAAAGACACUAAUGGAUCUCAAUUUUUCAUUACUACUAAACAAACACCUUGGUUAGAUAGUCGUCAUGUUGUGUUUGGCAAAAUUAUCAAAGGAAUGAAAACAAUUAGAAAGGUUGAAGCAACAAGUACAGAUUCUAGAGACAAACCAAUUGAAGAUGUUAUAAUUAUUGAUAGUGGACACAUUGUUAUCCCAGAACCUUACCCGGUAAGCAAAACUGAUGCUACUGAAUGAUUUAAUAAUUCACAUGAAUCAAAUUAUAUUAACUAUAUUAAGCUCAUAAUAAAACAAAUAAUUUUCAUAGGAAGUAUUAAAUAAAAUAUUGUAUUAAUAAGAAACCUAAGGCAAUUAUCUACUUAGUUAUUAGUUAAUAAAUUAUCUGUUAAAUUCCAUUUUUAUACAUCUACUUAAUAAUUUAAUGUAUACUGAAAUAUGUAAUUGUGUCAAAUU